GGUUUCACUUCUUGUUCGGAAGAUGUUACUGGUUAUACUUUCAGUCUUUGUGGCGUCGGUUUCCGCAGUUCAAGAUUCACGAUGCGUACAAUACUCCGCUGGAGCGAAGGCAAUCACCUUGCAGCAUAGAACCGAUUGUAGAAAGUUUUACAUUUGUGACAUCGAUGGAAGUGCGCAGGAGAUGCGCUGUCCAGAUAAUUUGUACUACAGCGUAGAAGAAGGAGUUUGUUCUUAUGAUGCAUCAGCAUGUUUCGGUGGAGAGAACAUUGUUGACGAAGAACCUCCUAAACAUGAGUCGCCCAUCAUUAUCGACAACGGAUUUAAGAAUGAGCAAGAAUUCCUUCUAAUGGCUUGUUUGAAUCAACCAUCAGGAGUUACUCUUCCAUUGGCCGAUGACUGUUCCUCAUACGUGGUAUGCUUGCAGAGGAGACCCAUAAUACUGACUUGUCCAGAGGGUUUGGCUUACGAUCGUAGCAACAACAAGUGCGAAUUCAAAGAAAUUGCUGACUGUAAGGCUCACAAAACUCCGACGUUAGUUGAUGAACCGAAAGAUAUGAACAUCGUGGUAAACCCGGAACCUCAACCAUUAGACGCGGAAAGUUCCAAACCUGUUUGGAAUGUUCCGAACCUGCCACUGCAAAAGCCAAAUGAACCGAAUUGGCCUAUGCCAGAACUUCCGAUUGUUCCAUUACCAGAUGUCCCUUUCCAGCUCCAAGAGAAGCCUAUUCCAGAACCAGUAGUACCACGAGAACAAGAAUUUAUGCCAUAUGGCCCGGUCACCUAUUCGGACCCGAGGUGUUUGCAACGAUUCGAUCCUGACAAUCCUGUUUUGUUCCGCAAUGCGAAAGACUGCACCAAGUACUAUGUCUGUGUGGGCAACAAUGCCAUCGAAAAGCGCUGCCCCAAUGGACAACAUUGGAGUGUAGAGCACGGCUGGUGUGAUUUCCCGCAACGAGCAAAUUGCAUUGUGCAAUAAACGUUGAGUUAGAGCUAGGCUGACUAAAAAAUCCAAUUAAUAGCUCAGAAUAUGGUUAAUUAAAAUCAUAUAAUCGAAAUCCAUAUUAUGUAAAAAUAUAUGCUGUUGAAAUUUAA